AUGUCUUUCUCCCAGCAAGACCAUGACAUGACGCCUACACCUCAAUCACCUACCCUUAUCCUCACCAGCCUCCAGUUCCCCACCCACAGUCAUCAGACCACUCUGUGUAUCGGUGUGCUUGCGCAUCUGGACCUGCUCUCGCGCGAGAUAGUGCAGAUGCGCAACUUUAUCCACAUGGGAUACAACCGCCUCAAUGACGCCAGCCCCGACGGCGGAGAGCUACUGGCAAAGGUCGAGAGUGCGCGGCUCGAGGCGAGAAUGCAUAAUAAGUUCCAUGUUACGGAACUUGUGGAGCCGUUUCGGACGCUGCCAAUGUCGAGUGGGGAGUAUCCUACGCGGGGUGUGCCGUGUCUUGGUGAGCAUCUGAAGUUGAUCAGUCAUGAGGAUAUAGACUGGUUACUUGAUCUUUAUGAGCUGCCGUUUGUGCCGAGUAUGUUCUUGGGCGAGAAGAAGAUUGUGUACUUGAACUUCUUGGGAGCGAAUAGAAUUGUCAUGCAUCGUAUUUUGGAUUAG